CAGAAUCCCAGUGACGCAUCUUCUCUGUUGAAGGAUACUAUGCCAAUUGCUGAAUUUUCAGCUUCAGGAUUAUUUGAAGGUCAUGAUCUUCUGCGUAGAGGCUUUACAAGUGUGAAAAAUGAAUUGUUGCCCAGCCACCCACUGGAGCUGUCAGAAAAGAAUUUCCAGUUAAAUCAAGAUAAAACAAACUUUGAAACGCUGAGAAAUAUUCAAGGACUGCAUGCAUCUUUAAAGCUGCAGAUGGAAUUCAGAGCAGUGAAACAGGUCCAGCGUCUCCCAUUUCUUCACAGCUCAAACCUAGGACUGGAUACUCUGAGGGGAAACGAUGAAUGCAUCAGUUUUGAGGAUAUCCUUAAUGAUCCUUCACAGAGUGAGGUUAUGGGAGAACCACACAUGAUGAUGGAAUACAAGCUUGGUUUAUUGUAACGAAAUGUACUCCACAAAAAUGUUUUGUGUGUGUCUUUAUACUUCAGAUCUAAAUACAUGAUACUAAAUUGACACUCAGUGUUAAGCAGUCCUACAGUUAUCAUUUGCCUUCCUUGAUGAAAAGGCACAUUAAAUGUUUAAAGUCUAUAAGUUGUUCUGUGCUUGUUGUCAAUUAUAUAAAUGUCCUGUAACUAGAUAGUUUAAAUAAUGUCUCUUCGUACGCUGCUCAGGACAAUAGCUUCUUCACUGUGGAAAUGCUAUAUAUAUGUACAAGAAAUCCAAAAAUAUCCAUGCAUUUUAAAACUGAUUACUGUAGAUAAAUGCAUUCAACAGAUGUUCUUGCAGAAGAACUUUUUAAGGGGGAAAAGAAGGUGUUUUCCACUGAGUAAUUCUUUGUUCUGAAAAUUUCCAUACACUUUUUAAACUGUUGAAUAAAAGUUUGCUAUAAAUGCUGUU